AUGGGUGAGGAGGAGACAAGUUUCCAGGAACACAUUAAUGCCAUCACCCUGGAGUUGCGUAAAAGCAACCCCAGUUACUCUGAGGUCAAGAACCGGAUGAAGCGCACUCUUUUCAAAAGAGUACAGAUUAUGGACAUGCCUGCAGCUGAAGUAAUGGAGCAGUUUCCUUUUCUUGGGGUGCCACAGCUUAUUGUGUUGGACCUGGAAGUAAUGGGUGAGGAGGAGACAAGUUUCCAGGAACACAUUAAUGCCAUCACCCUGGAGUUGCGUAAAAGCAACCCCAGUUACUCUGAGGUCAAGAACCGGAUGAAGCGCACUCUUUUCAAAAGAGUACAGAUUAUGGACAUGCCUGCAGCUGAAGUAAUGGAGCAGUUUCCUUUUCUUGGGGUGCCACAGCUUAUGCUGCAUGAAAUGACAAUGAGGUUUGGAACAGACUUGGCAAAGAACAUGGAAACAUCUCUAAAUGAAAUGGCCCCAAACAUCAUCAGGAGUGCAAAAGAAGAAAGUCAAAAAAACCUCUACGCAAAUCUCAUUGGACCAGCAGAGGAAACCACAGAGGGUCUCGUUAGGAAUGCUGCACUCAUUUUAUUGCCAGCACUAUUUAAAGAAAAUGCCACUUUCCUCUACUGUGUGGAUAGUGAACCCAAAGGUCCUACAUCCACCAUUGUGUUUAACGGCUCUCCUGAUCCCCUCAAGGCUGAAAGUGUCAGCAUUAUAAUGGACAACGUGACCAUUAUAAGAGAGGCAGACAUCGACAUGACACAGGCUGUGGAAUGCCUGUUUGCUGUCUAUUUUCUUUUCAGUGUGCAAUACCUGGUUCACAUUAAGCACACAAUGACUUUUAUUCAAAAAUACAUGCUUAAACUUAGGCAAGAGCAUGUCAAAAGAACACCAAUACCUGUACUAAAAAUGUACAGUCAACUUCUGUAAAUUGUAGUGAUAUUUAAUACAUUUUAAUUGUUCAUGUAUUGUUUUUUAU